AUGGUGGCGCUCACAAACUUGGCAACAUUCUGCUGUGCCAAAGGCGUGCUCGAUUUCUCCUUUGACUUCUCGAUGAGCAUUGUCGCGGUCGGCACUGUCUUCCCUCUGGUCUUCUGCGUGCAGGCGAGCUUCACCAGGAGGGAGCGGGCAUUGAGUUGCUUAGGGAGCUUCAAGGGAACCAUGUCAGUGUUUGAGUGGACGAGGAAUGGGAGGUUUGCCCUGUUCUUGAUGUUCAAGACGUGGGAUAGAGACGAGGAGGCAAAGUUCGUGGGCGAGGUGGAGGACCUGAUGUUGAAGCUGCUCGACGACAUCACGUGCUACCUCAAGAGCUCAACGAGAAACCCUGAGGCAGGGCAUGUCAUCUACGACGGCUUCUCGGCGCUGGCGCAAAAGAUGAAGGAGUUCCUCCCACGCACAGGAUACUCGAAGCCCGGGGAGGGAGGCCUGUCGAGGAUGCAGAUGUACCUGCGGGACCUGAUGACGCACUUCGAGGGUGUGAGAGCCGUGCGAGACUCGGAGACGCCCAUCGGUCUGCGACUCUUCUGCUUUGCCCUGAUUCACAUCUCUCCUAUCCUCCUCGCUCCUUAUUGGAAUCACUUCUGCGAGAAGCAGAACAACUCGGAGAUGCCGUCGCAGUACGGGUGUGAGUCCGGGUACUUCGUCGGCAUCUUUUACGUCCUCAUCGUCCUCACCCUCUACCGCGUGCAAGUCGAGCUCGAAAACCCCUUUGACGGCAGUGGGGAUGACGACAUCAAGUGGGACCUCUGGCGAGCGCAGCUGGAGAACAUGGGCAGCUAUGGUUCUGAUGGUCCGAGGAAAAGGGCCGUGCGCACAGAGAUGUUGUAUCAAGCACCGGCAGGAGGGUGAGGCUCGCAACGAGUGACAACUAACCAUUCCUUUCUUUAAAGUCCUGCCUUAUAUAGCUCCACCUCCUCGUCUCUAUCAACAUUCACCUUCACUCAAAAUGUAUCUUGGAAAAAUUU